GUCCCCGGAAGUAGUUGGUUGGUCGUGUGAAUGCACUAACAAACAUUGUUGUGCAAAGAUGACUACGUCCUUGUACAAUUUUAUCGAUGCUAAAGACAAAUUUGCGGCGUCGGCUGUAAGUGCUCUGGCAGGGAGGACCAGCAAGCCCUUGAUCAAUGCCUUCAACCAAAUUACUGGGAACGAGGCGGAAAAGAAAACCACACUUGACCAGUCUUUAAGGGGUGUCCUCGGGGAUCAGAUUGUUGAACAGAAGGCAAGCUGUGAUGAGUACCUGGCACUCAUCUAUAUUAGCAUCGAGGCCGUAACAGAAGGGAUUUGCUCUGCCACGACCCCAUUCCUCUUACUGGGAGAUGUGCUUGACUGCCUUCCCCUCGAUCAGUGUGACAAGAUAUUCUCAUUUGUGGAGGAAAAUGUUUCCACCUGGAAGUCGAGCACGUUUUACUCUGCAGGGAAGAACUACUUGUUGCGGAUGUGUAACGAUCUCCUGAGACGGCUGUCUAAAUCCCAGAACACCGUGUUCUGUGGGCGGAUCCAGCUCUUCCUAGCACGCCUCUUUCCACUGUCUGAGAAAUCAGGUCUUAAUCUCCAGAGCCAGUUCAACCUUGAGAACAUCACAGUGUUCAACAAGAAUGAACAGGAGAGUACACUCGGGCAGAAGCACACUGAGGAAAAGGAAGAUGGCAUGGAGGUGGAGGAGGGGGAGAUGGGCGAGGAAGAGGUCCCUGCCACCUGCUCCAUCCCCAUCGAUUACAACUUGUACCGGAAGUUCUGGACGUUACAGGACUACUUCAGGAACCCCUUGCAGUGCUACGAAAAGUUCUCCUGGAUGACCUUCCUCAAGUACUCGGACGAGACCCUGGCAGUGUUCAAGAGCUUCAAGCUGGACGACAUGCAGGCCUCUAAACGGAAGCUGGAGGAGCUGAGGACUUCCGCCGGAGAACACGUCUACUUCGCCAAGUUCCUCACCAGUGAGAAGCUGAUGGACCUGCAGCUCAGCGACAGCAACUUCCGGAGGCACAUCCUCCUGCAGUACCUCAUCCUCUUCCAGUACCUCAAGGGCCAGGUCAAGUUCAAGAGCUCCAACUACAUUCUCAAUGAUGACCAGACAGUGUGGAUCGAGGAGACCACCAAGCUGGUCCACCAGCUCUUGAAGGAGAUCCCUCCCGAGGGUGAGAAGUUCAGUGCCAUGGUGGAGCACAUCCUCAACACCGAGGAGAACUGGAACGGCUGGAAGAACGAGGGAUGUCCCAGCUUCGUCAAAGAGAGGGUGGUGGACGACAAACCCAAGAGGCCCGUCAGGAAGAGGCAGGCACCGGAGGACUUCCUCGGGAAAGGCCCCGACCGAAAGCUCUUCAUGGGAAAUGACGAGCUGACCAGGCUGUGGAACCUGCACGCUGACAACAUGGAGGCUUGCAAGUCUGAUGACAGGGAGUUCAUGCCGUCGCUCGACGAGUUCUUUGCAGAAGCCAUCGAACAGGCGGACCCAACCAACAUGGUGGAGGAUGAGUACAAGGUCGUACGGAACUCCAACUAUGGCUGGCGGGCUCUGAGGCUCCUGUCCAGACGGAGUCCUCACUUCUUCCAGCCCACCAAUCAGAAGUUCAAGAGCCUGGCGGACUACCUCGACAGCAUGGUCAGCAAGCUGGCCAAAGAGCUGCCCAAAGACAUCCCCUCAGAGGAGAUCAAGACCGGGGAGGAGGACGACGACGACAACGGAGACAACCUUCUGAAGGAGAGCAAUGACAGUCCCAGCAUGCAGAGCAAGAUGGUGUCCAACCAGCAGAUGGAUGACGUUGCAGCCAAGCUGGGAGCCAAGUGGAAGACCUUGGCCGGGCAGCUGGAGAUGAAGGCGUCGGAGCUGCGGGAGAUCGAGACGGACAGCGAGGAUGUGGACAUGCAGGCCAAGCUGCUGCUGGUGGCCUGGCAGGACCGAGAAGGGACCCAGGCCACAGUGGAGAACCUGGUCUCUGCCCUCAACGCAGCUAGCUUCACUCAGAUCGCAGACAACCUCAGCGAGGCAUAGUUAGAGCAUGCCCAAAACAUACAUGUUUUUUUUAUUGAGUCAAUAGUUUAAAUUUUGUAUGUUGUGUCCUUGGAGCCCUGCCCCCAAGUGGGUUUUUUUUUUUUUUGCACCGUGAGAAUAAAGCAAGUUUUUCUAAUAAACAGAUUUUUAUUUG